AUGCAACAGUUCGAAAGCAAUCACCCGGGAGGGGCCAGCAUCCUCCAAGCGACUGGAAAAUCGGUCGAGCUUUUUUGGCAGCGGUCGGAACCUCACACGCGCAAAGGGGUGUCCGAGACUCUGAAGGGUCUGAGAAUUGGCAAUCUGAGUCACGAAGACUUCGACAGGAUACAGAACGCGAAAGAGAACAAUUCUGCCGCGUUGCGUAAACUAUUUUUCAUCGAAGAAACGCCCGAAGGAGAUGUCUCGUUGUCGUUAGCGGAUUUGAAGACACGGUUUAAGCAACACAAGCUAACGUCAACGAUUCGGUGCGCUACGCCUCGAGCUGCUGGCGCGACCAGUGAGAAGACCGCGACGCUAGCUCCGGCAGAGUGGGCAGGUGUGCUGCUUGCUGACGUUCGGUUUGAAGCGCUGGACACGGAUAAGCAGGGAAGGGCAUUCGGUGCAUCGAUCCCAGUAACCACCGCAUUGGAUCGAGAAGUCGGUGUGCUGCUCGCGUAUGAAAUGGACGGUGCUUGCAUCCCGAAAGAGCACGGAUUCCCGCUUCGAGUGGUCGUUCCCGGGGCGACUGGUGCGCGAAAUGUCAAGUUUGUUCAUCGUAUCGUCCUCAUGUGA